GUUAUUUCAUCAUCAUCAAAUGGACCAAUAACACUGAUUAUUUAUUUUCAUGGACUAUAACCUUCAACCUGUUCUAAUAAGACCCCUCUUCUGUAACUCUUUUUGAGCGGCAUGAGACGAUGACCGAAGGGCAUGACCGAGCUUGGCAAAAAUAUUUACCUUUUCUUUGUUCGGAAGUUGAAAGAAUGUUUCGAGGUUUGCGGGUCCCCGCCCUCGUACCCAGCAUGCAUUGCGACUAUGGCGGCUUGGAGAUGAGAAGCGUUUUUUCUUGGUUCGCGCCUUCUUCAUUUUGUCACGUCUGAAAACGGACACUUAGGUCAGGUGAGAACUAUUUACCAGGACUUUUCGCUCGGAGACGCUCACGGCAUUACCUGGCUGUGUUUUCAAGUUUCAAGGUGGUUUCUAUCGGGAGUGGCGAGCCCGACAAGGUUGAGCGGUGGGGUCGUGUGAGGUGUUGACCGGUGGGUGGGCUAGUCAGCCUUCGGUGUUUGUGUCAGCAACCAACGGACUCGGUCGUGAGAUUUGGCCGCUCUCGUACAAACUGUGAAUGGAGCGGUUGUUUUGCACUUGCCGUCGCCCACACAGGUCUGACAAAUUGCCAGCUUUAUAGUGAGGAAAGCUUGCGCUGGCUUUCGGAGAGAAGCUUUUGUCUAAAGUUCUCUCUAAACGGCGUUUGUCUCCGUUACACCAGAACUUGGCGACAUCGCAACUCCAGCCCCCCUCCCUUCAUCAUAAUACAACAUGUGAACUUUAUUGACCUGAGGAAGACACUGACGUGCCAUCAGCCAUGAAAAAUCCCGCCUAAAAUAGCCCUACAAACUGGAUCCCCUGUUUGUUGUUUUGGGACUAGCGUGGCUUCGCCAGUUGAAUCCAGACGGACAUAGCGGUGCACGGAGAUAUAAAUUUCCGUCCUCCCUUCGUCUUCUUGGAUUUCGUUUUGCUCCCUGAGGACUGUAACAAGCGACAACAACAUGGCAUCUCGUGAAGAAUCCCGCUCCAAACGGAACACCAUCUACUCCUACAUCCCGUGUGCGGAGAACGACGUGCAGGACUGGAACACCUUCGGGGGCACCCCGGGGAAGAGACCGAAGAUCAUCCCUGGUGCGUCCUGCCAGGCUCUACGGACUGCCGUGUCCAACCUAGCCCGCCUGGACGACUUCGUCUGCGACAAGAUAGGAUCAGGCUUCUUCUCCGACGUCUUUAAGGUGACCCACAGAGUGACAGGUCAGGUGAUGGUCCUAAAGAUGAACACCAACAGCAGUAACAGACCCAACAUGCUGAGGGAGGUCCAACUCAUGAACAGACUCUCACACCCCAACAUUCUCAGAUUCAUGGGAGUAUGCGUCCAUGAGGGCCAGUUGCAUGCACUGACUGAGUACAUGAACAGUGGGAGUCUGGAGGACCUGUUGGAUGGACCAGAGUACCUGUCGUGGGUCACCAGGGUCAAACUAGCUCUAGACAUAGCACGGGGCAUGGCUUACCUCCACUCCAGGGGUGUGUUUCACAGGGACUUGACUUCUAAGAAUUGUUUGAUUCGGACUCAUGAUGACGGCACAUACAUGGCAGUGGUGGGAGACUUUGGUUUGGCUGAGAAAAUCCCCGAUCCAAAUGACAGUGUCCACCUAUCUAUAGUUGGAUCUCCCUAUUGGAUGGCACCCGAGUGUCUGCGAAGUCAGAGAUAUAAUGAAAAGGCUGAUGUCUUCUCCUUUGGGAUUGUCCUGUGUGAGAUCAUCGCCAGAGUGCCUGCAGAUCCAGACUAUCUCCCUCGGACAGAGAACUUUGGCUUGGACUACAAUGCCUUCACAGACAUGUGUGGAGACUGCCCCUCUGCCUUCCUACAGCUGGCCUUCAACUGUUGCAAUGUGGACGUGACCCUGCGACCGUCCUUUGAAGAGCUGGUGCCUCAGCUGGAGUCUGUGCUGUCCCGGCUGGAGAAGGAGGAGGAGGAACAUGUGCAGCAGCUGGGGAACGACACGGUCGCCAUACAGGUGGUGGACGGGGAGGAACACGAACAGGAGGAGAUUGUCCUGACGGAGAAAGCUGGAUUCACGAACGGUAACGUUACCAUGGGCCUGAAGAGAUCUAAGCCAGUCUUCAACUGCCCGCUGCCCACCAAGUCACCCCGUCCGCGCCGUAAGGUCAACCUGUCCCGCAGCGUAUCGGACAUUUCUGACUGGGAGAGAAAGAACAGUUCUAUCGAAGACCUGUGUGUUUCCGAUCCAUACUAUACACCCAAACGGACUUCUUCCCGUGUUAACCCCUUCAGCACAAUAGAACACUUGAAAGGAGGGAAAACAAAGCUUCUCGACAAUCCCAGCCCAUCCGUCCUGUCCUUGGCUUUCGAACUCCCGUCGCCAUCUGAUGCGCCCACCCCUCCGUGCACGCCGGUGGAGACGGAGGCCGUUACGGAGAACCUCUUGCCGCCGUACCUCUCUCCAAAGGGAAGUCGCUCUCUCCCGGCCUCCCCUAUUAUGGGCAGGAGGGCGUUCAUGAACGUUUUGAAUGUGGACAGUGAGGAUGUGCUGGGGACAUCCCUGGAUAGGACAUUUCUGAAUAAGUCUAAACCUACCGCGAAGGCCCCAUUGAACAGUACGCAGGAGAGCACGCCGUGUCGAGGGUUUGAUUCAUUCCAGUUCUCUCCCAUCAUGCCGAUCCCCGGGCUGGACAUGCGGGACAGACAGCCGUCCAGCGACUCGAGUCUGAGCGAGGAGGAAGAGAUGGAACAGAGCAUGUCGCAUCUAGAAAUCCCCCGGGAGGACGACAGAAGUCUCAGCAAGGUUAGCGUUGUCAACAACUCCAGUAAGCCCGAACCUGACGUUGACAAGGAGUUUAUAACCUACACGGAAAACAUUCAAAAACUCGUGAAGAAUUGUCAGCAAUUGUCUCCUGAUCCUCUGACUCCGCCCAACUCCGCAGGCUCAGCGGACAGUGGCAUUGGUAAACCCAACGGAUACAGCUUUGAGUCACAAUAGACAAGGUAAAGCAAGGGAAGAAGACUUUGAUAAUACCAGUCCCCAUAGGGUUGCAGUUGUAGAGACUCCUGCAAGGUGGUGCUGCUGACUGGUGGAACAGUGUACUGUACAGGGUAUGAUGAUAAAACCCACAACUCAAAGGUUAUUAGGAGGUCUGGCUUUGAAGAAAAAGCAACUGUUCAUGGCUGUGCCAUGUAACUUGUGAAAGCAGUCAGAAGUUAGAGGUACAUUGAAUAUACCCUGCUUGACUGUGAUUACUGAACAAUAGUCUGGAAUGGAGAAAGAUGCGAUAGAAGUGUUAAAGGAAACUCUGUGGCAAGAAGUUUUGAAGCAAUAAAAGAAACAUCAGAGGAGCAGCUAGGUACUUAUAGCAGAAAGCCAGAUCUCUCAAGUGAGCAAGACUUGUAUGAUAUUAGGAAUAAACUUACCUUCAAAAGGUUUAGUAUGCUUGCUGUAUAUUUUGUUCCAAUAUGUGCAUAUUUGCUUUGCUUGUAAUUUUUCUCAGCUGAAAGAGACAAAAAUAUCACAAGUUCUGUUGCAAUAUUGUUGGAUAAUAUGACAGCCCUUUUUCCUGUCUAAAGCUUAUACAUAACUGUUGUUUAUACCAAAGACUGGCUUGUAUGAUAUGAUUUAAAUUAUACUUGCAUUGAUGCUAUUGAUAACUUAUGUCAGUGUAUCCAUAUGAAUAGAAAUGAAUUUCGGAUGUUGACGUUACAAGGAUGAUUAUUUUGAGCAUUAAGUUAAAUGACUCUAUUGUUAAAUGUUGCACUGUCUGGUCACACGAUGCACGGUAGGAAUUAUUUAUUCAGAUAAUAUUUCAUGGAUGAUGAUGUUCUGAAGGGUAACUGUACAUUAUGAAUAAUAUGAUGUGAUUUUGUAGUGAUAGUUUUGACUUCAAAUACCAGUAUCAAAGAUCAACCCUU